GUUUCGUUUUGUGUUGUUUGUUGCGCGCGAAUAUGAGGUAAUUACUUGCCGCUCCCUAAACUUUAUUGUCCAAAAAUAACAAAAAACUCUGGUGCGUCUUCACAAACAUAAACUUCCACAGUACAAAAUUUUUCGUCGGGUGUUUCUUGACCUACCGCCCCUACCGCUCGUCCGUCACGGCAUAACGUUGGUCACGGCCACGAAGACGCUCCCAGCGACGGGUCACUGGACAGCGAGUCGCGACCUGGCGAAGUUUCAAGUUUCAGUGCUUCUUAAUUUAGGCACUUUUUACGACGGCAUUCUGCGCGCGCUUGGUGAGCGGCCCGACUUCCGUGUUGUAUGUGUGAGUCAUGGGGCAGCAUCACAGCGCGUUUACCGAAGAGGAGCUCGAAGACUAUCAGGAGCUGACAUACUUCACGAAAAGCGAGAUCAUUCUCGCCCACCAAAGAUUCAAGAUGCUGGCCCCUGAAUUGGUGGCCAAAGAUCGAAAUGCCAAAUUGCCCAUGGAUAAGAUCCUCAACAUGCCAGAACUGGAGGUGAACCCAUUUAGGGACAGGAUAUGCAAGGUGUUCUCCUCGAGCAACGAUGGGAACAUGACCUUUGAAGACUUCCUCGACAUGAUGUCUGUGUUCAGCGACAAGGCCCCGCGGAGUGUGAAAACAGAGUAUGCCUUCCAAAUCUUUGAUUUCAACGGAGACGACAUGUUGUCACCCGAAGAUCUUCGGCAGAUCAUCAGUCGACUGACGCAGAAAGGAGGUCAAGUGCUGCAGCAGCACGAGAUAAAGCAGUUAAUUGAAAACAUUUUGAAGGAAGCAGAUUUGGACGAAGAUCGCCUUCUUGCUUACGCGGAGUUCGAGCAUGCUAUAUCUAAAGCACCAGACUUCAUGAACUCUUUCAGGAUACACUUAUAAUGUCUCAACGCCAUGUGGUUGCGAAAUGUGCUGGCCACUUUGCCCAUGGGACAAGCAUGUCAGUGUUUUGGAAAGUAUUGAGGGACUAUCUCUGUUGUUUAAGAUGGAACAGCGGUCGGAAGACUUAGAGAUCUUUAUAUUUUCUCAAUUUCUGCUUCUCUGCCAAAGUUUUCAUUGUCUUUGCAUUCUUGUGCAGGAUGAUCCUUUUUGUUCCUACAUAUUUGGGCAUUUUUGUCAGCUUACUUGUUUGGGGGCAUUUACCAAAAAGUUAAUUUUAGAGGCGCGCAAAGAAAAUAGUAUGUUGGAAAUGCAAAUUGCAUAUACAAAAGGGGGUGGGCAUGUAGUGUUUAAAUGACUUAAAAAUGAUGAGGCGUCAGUGUUAGCAACUUCUGAGCACCAUGUCACUGCUUGUGACAUAGUGGGUUGUUUCUUGUAGAAUGUCUCAACUCGUAUCCGGUCACCGACUAGCAUGCAGAAAAUGUUCUACUCUUGUUAAGAGGUUUUGGUAUUUGCAUACCCCCCCUUAUAUAGGUUGUGAAACUAUCGACAUGAUUUUAUGUGUAAAAAAUGACAAUCCAUUUUUGAAACAUUUUUUGCUAUGUUGAUCCACAUGUGCCUUCCCGAUUGCCAAAUACUGCUACCGUAAAUUACCGGGGAAGCACUCACUCUUAACAUUUCCCAAGUUUGUGAAUUCUGCAAAUUAUACAUUAAGUUCCCGACUUGACCGGACAAACACUUAUGGCUAGAUUAACCCAGUUUUCAGUGGAAGGGGGGUGGGUGCUUCUCCGGUAUUUUACGGUAGUGCAAUACUCAAGAUGGAAUCUCCAUUGUCUAUGCAUUUUUGUAUGUAGGUUUUUUUCUUCUUAUAAACCACAGCAGGGUUGUUUACAAAUAAAGUGAACUAUACAACACAC